UUUGCACCGGUCUGAAGUAGACAGGUCCCGCAAGGUCAAUUGCAACCCCUGCCAUCUCUUGACUUCACUCGCAAAGCGCACUCCUUCGGCCCUAACACCGGCAAAUAAGAAACUUCACGGGGCGAUAACAGCCAACAUGGCGACCUUCAAGGCAUCCAUCGCGCCGGUGCCGUCGGCUAACGACUUUCUCGAUAUCGUCCUCUCCAAGACGCAGCGCAAAACCCCGACAGUCGUUCAUCCAGGAUGGAAGAUCACGCGUAUUCGCAGCUUUUACAUGCGCAAAGUCAUGUUCACGAAAGAUGCCUUCACCGAAAAGCUCGCUGCCAUCUUGCAGGAGUUUCCGAUCCUCGAAAACCUACAUCCUUUCAUCUCUUCUCUGAUGAAUGUGCUCUAUGACAAGAACCACUACAAGCUGGCGCUCGGCCAGCUCAACACGGCAAAGCAUCUGAUCGAGCAGGUGGCGAAAGAUUACUGCCGCCUGCUCAAAUUCGGCGACAGCCUGUACCGUUGCAAGCAGCUGAAGCGCGCCGCCAUGGGCCGUAUGGCGACCAUCAUGCGUCGUCAGAAGGACUCGUUGGCCUACCUCGAGCAGGUCCGGCAGCACAUCUCGCGUCUGCCCUCGAUCGACCCUUCCACGCGCACACUGCUCAUCUGCGGAUACCCCAACGUCGGCAAGUCCUCGUUCAUCAACAAGGUCACCCGUGCCGAUGUCGACGUCCAGCCGUAUGCGUUCACGACUAAAUCGCUCUUCGUUGGCCACAUGGACUACAAAUACCUCCGUUGGCAGGUGAUCGACACGCCAGGUAUCCUCGACCACCCGCUGGAGGAGAUGAACACAAUCGAGAUGCAGUCCAUCACCGCUCUGGCCCAUCUGCGCAGUGCUGUCCUCUACUUCAUGGACCUAAGCGAACAAUGCGGAUAUACUGUCGAGGCACAGGUUCAGCUGUUCAACUCGAUCAAGCCGCUGUUCAACAACAAGCCGACGUUCCUGAUCAUCAACAAGAUCGACGUCCUGAGGCUGUCCGACCUCGAAGACGAACGUGCCAAGCUGAUCAAGAGCAUCGUGGAAGAAAGUAAGGGCAGCGUCAUCCUGCGCGAGAUUUCGACUUUCACAGAGGAAGGCAUCAUGGACGCUAGGAAUGCGGCCUGUGAUGCUCUGCUUGAGAUGCGUGUUGAUGCCAAAGUCAAGGGCCACAAGGCGGAGCAGACCAAUGUGCUCAACAGGAUCCAUGUGGCGAAGCCCAAGGCGCGCGACGAGGUCGAGCGCAAGCCGUUUAUCCCCGAAGUCUUGCUCAAUGCGCAGCAGACUGCCCAGGCACAAGGGGAAGAUGCUGCCAAUGCGAUCCGCAAGAAGUACAACAAGGAUGAUCCCGAGCGGCGCAAGACCGAGCGGGAUUUGCAAGAGGAGAAUGGAGGUGCAGGCGUCUUCUCGAUUGACAUGAAGAAGCGGUACCUUCUCGAGAACGAUGACUGGAAGUAUGAUGUGAUUCCGGAGAUUUCCAAUGGAAAGAACAUCGCCGACUUUGUCGACCCGGACAUUCUGAAGCGUCUCGAGGAACUGGAGAAAGAGGAGGAGAAGCUCGAGGCCGAAGGAUUCUACGACGAGUCUGAAGAAGAAAUCGUCGACGAGGAGGAAGAGGAGGUGCGUGCUGCGGCGCAAGCCAUCCGCGACAGACAGGCCGCCGCAAAGCUUGCGAGCCAGAACAAGAAGAAGACUGUCAAAGCGCGUUCGACCGUUCCGCGCAAGUUGCAGAACCGUACGCUGGGCGACAUGAGCGCCAAGUUGCGCGAACUCGGCAUCGACCCGAGCAGCGUUGAGGCGCGCGCAGCGAUCCUGGCCAAAGCGAAGGGCAUCAUCGGCGGGAAACGCAAGCGCACCGGCGAGGAGGAAGAUGCUGAGAUGGAGGAUGCGGACGAGCAGGCCUGGGUCGAUGAAGACGACGGCGAGGGCGCUAUGGACGUCGACAACGAAACCGCCAAGCCGCGAAAAGCGCGCAAGAGCAACAGCAACCAGCGUGUCGCUUCCGGCUCCACGUCGUCGCGCGCGACAGCGGUCAGUGCCGCGACCAAGCGUCUGCCGCGCAGCAAUCGCGCGACGGCGGGCAUGCGCGACGCGAAGCAGAGUGAGAAGGCGGUCAAGUUACAUGACCUCAGCAUCCGCGAGCGCAACAUGCACGCCAAGGCCGGAGAAAGCGAUCGCCACAUUCGGGAAGUCAAGCCGAAAUGGCUCUUCGCGGGCAAGAGAGGCAUGGGGACGUCUCGCAGUCGUUGAUGGUUGCGUCCAUUAUUUGUCGGUUCGGUUCAGCACUUCAACUUGGGUCCAGCUAUCGCAUUGUAUAACAGACUUCACCAUCUUGUGCAUAUCACGGCGAUUUU